CCGCAGGAGAAAGCAAGAGCUGCUCCGCUCCGCAGUACAUUUUCUCACCGUGUCCGAUCGCAGUGUUGUGCCGACUGCCGCGCCGAGACGCUCAGUUCGUACCUCGCUUUCGCCGCCGUCAAGUAAGUCAGCUCAGCUCCACAGGACGCGGCCGACGAGCUGCGCUUUGUGAGUGAGUGUGCGUGUGUUCGGACGAUCUGGCCGGCGCAUCGGCAUUCCUGCUACGGACGCGGAUGCUGUGAAAGAUCUUGCUCCACAGGGACAUCGGCGUUUUUUGCUUUUGAGCAACUCAACGGAGCUCGGGCAACAGGAGCCUCUUGUGGUAGAAUUUUGGCUCUAGCUGCAACAAACCACCUAACAUGACAUCGAGGCUGAAAACGGGGACGCUGGCGGCCCUGUUCUGCGACGGAGAAUGCGAGGAGGCGUCGAACGUGACGUCACUGGUGCGGUUGGCCGUCGACCGCUACCACCGGCUGGUCCACGCCUUCAGCGACCCCCGCGUGGCCGACUGGCCCCUGAUGGACAGCCCAAUGCCGACACUGGUGAUGGUGGCGGCCUACCUGUACGUGGUGAUCAUCCUGGGCCCGCGCCUCAUGGCCAACCGGAAGCCGUUCCAGCUGCGCAGCGUGCUCAUCUACUACAACGCCUUCCAGGUCGCCUUCAGCUUAAUCAUGCUGUGGGAGCACCUGAUGGGUGGCUGGCUGUGGGACUACAGCUUCCGGUGCCAACCCGUGGACUACUCGCGGAGCCCCACGGCGCUUCGGAUGGCGAAUUUGUGCUGGUGGUACUACAUAUCCAAACUGACAGAGUUUAUGGACACAAUUUUCUUCGUUCUGCGUAAGAAAGACAACCAGGUGUCGCUGCUACAUCUCUAUCAUCACACGUUGACUCCGAUUGAGACUUGGAUUUGUUGCAAGUUUAUUGCAGGUGGCCAUGGUACGUUUUCGAACCUCAUCAACAACAUUGUGCACGUUAUCAUGUACCUGUACUACAUGAUGGCAGCCAUGGGGCCCGCGUAUCAUAAGUACCUCUGGUGGAAAAAAUACCUGACGUCGUUGCAGCUAGCCCAGUUCACCCUUGUGUUUAUACAUUCAGCGCAAGUUCUUUUCAUUGACUGCGGCUAUCCGAAACUGAUAGCUGCUUUCCUCCUUGUCCACUCCGCCAUUUUCUUCGGUCUAUUCUACGACUUCUACAUGCAAGCGUACAAGAAGACUCAAACAGUGAAGAAAGCUGAGUGAAUCAGCAGCAUCUCUGAGAUCACUCUGGCUCCAAGACGGAAAUUCCUAAUUCUCGAGUUCAUUAUGAAACUUCAGUAGAUGUGUGUAUGCAAAAUAUUUAUCAUUCACAUAUUUCAUCUCCAUUUCACUCAGGCAACAAAUUUACAAGUACGUAGCAGAAGCAUAAAACACUUGGCCGCAGUGGCGACUGUUACAAACUUUUAACGUUACAUGGGUUUCUCAAAGAAACCACGAGCUCAUAUGUAUUUACAUGAACUGUGCCUUUUGCGUCAAUUGGUGCACCGUUUGUGUAGUACUUUAAAGAAGCUGUAAGCAGUGUUUUACUAAAUAGUGUUCCACUUAACGGUGGUAACCACACGAUAAUUGUUGUCAGUGACCUGUGCUGCAGUCGAAUAUUCACAAUCGGACAGACAUAGGACUUGGGGUGAAAAUCUGUGUUGAGCGCUACGAUAAUGAAACGUAUACAUUUAUGUUCUACAGGAGUUCACAAGUUUUUAAAAUUUUGUUUUAUUAUUUUUGUUUUGCUUUAAUUGAAUUUCUGUAACUAAGACAGUCACGAGUAUCUAAAUUUUUCUUUUUGUGAAGAUAAGACUGGUUAUUUUAACUGCAUGAACACGCAACAGUCAUUAAAUUUAAUUGCUGGUGAUUUAACUAUUUUACGAUAAAUAAUAUAAUGUAAUUAUUUACGAUAAGUAUUAUGUAAAAUAAGAUCUUUCCUUGUGAGUAAUCGUUAAAAAAUAUGGAAAAGAAAAUAUGUGCCGAUUCAAAAGGAGGGCAACCAAAAAACCAUAUCAGAACAACGUAUUUUGGAUACGGCAGCAUCGGCUUCCAUUUUGUCAAGCACAAGUACAUUGUGCAUAAAGAGAAUGUUCAGCAAUGGAAUUCUGAAUGAAAUCGUGCCGUACUUGUUAGCUGUCCACAUAAUCAACAGUGAUUAUCGUAAACAGUAUUUAACGUGGAAAUCUGGAAUAUUCACGUCCCUUGUAAAGGAUACAAUUCGUCACUUUAUCCAUUUAAUGUGUGUCAACUAGUUUACAUGUGAUUUAUGUCUACAGACUGAAUAUGGCUUACUUUUAUUUUCUGUAUUUUGCUGUAGGAGCUAUGACUGAAUAUACUAUUUAUCCACUUAAGUAUCUGUCCAAAACACAAAUACCUUCAAGUUUUUAAAAUAGAUAUUGAUCAGAAUAUUGAGGUAAAGAAUUUAGAAAUUUUUGUAGUCAGAUCUGCCACAGUUUGGUUUAUACAGAACUAUUUGAAAUCAGUAUUGUGUGUAUUAAUAAAUUCUCACAUUAAUAACGAUUUCAUUCGAUUAAAGCACCUUUUCAUUAAGAGCUGCUACUAGAAGAUCCACUAGGUAACAGAAAUAUUAAGAGCGCAUUCAGGAAAAUACAAUUUUGGCGCUAUUAGGUUUCUCGCAUUAUGGUAAAUUUCACUCACAGGACCGGUUUCAUAAUGCAACAGUUAAAAAUUAAAUACGGUGUUUGGAAACAUUUGAAGUACAUUUCUGUGUGCUCAGUAUGCCUCGUGACAUUUACUGCCAUGCUAAUUACUUUAAAUAUUUUGAUAUGUAGAGUGAGAUAAAAACUAUGUAUUUUGUGCACAGAAGAAUUCUGCUCCUUAUAUAAGACUUCAAUCCAGUAGCGAACUCAAUCAGCAACUCAUUAUAGUCUACAGGACAAACAUCAUUAUAUAAUAGGCAAUUCUGUACAUUCAUAUCAGUUGAAGUCACGCCAUUUUGAAAUUUAGCACGUUAUUGUGAGACUUCACCGUAUGGGAACACUGAAACACUGCUGCAGCUAAUUUAUGCGUAGUUACUGAAACUUAUUUUCAGUAUGUAAAUAGUCAUUUAAUAGAAUGAGUGUUAAAAGUGUGUAAUGCCAAAGAUGAACAACAAAUGUUAUGUUCUUUCUGGCACAAAAAAAGGAUGUAAGUGGUUCAUGGUGCUAGAACUGGCUAAAAUACUAUUAUCAUUGUACAAUAUGUGCAAUAUCCUUCUGGUAUCAGGCAUGUUGAUGCCUUAUAAUCAUUUAAAGUGAUAUUAAUAUCAGUAUUUUUACAUAAAUUACAGAAGGAGCAGUCACUUCAUCACUUAAAUUUGAUGAACCAUUGCAUUUUUGUUGAAUACAUGUAUUAAAACUGGCUAAUCAGUGUGUGCUAAAUAUAUAUUAUGUAUUUUUUAUUUAUGAAUCGAAGUAUUUGUAUAUAACAAUUGUAAUAUUUCGAAAAUAUUAUAAACAA